CUCGCGCGAGUCGCGACACCCCGUCCGUCGCCUCCCUCCCUCCCUCCGCUCCGUGGAAUCGGUGGUACAGCCCUCCCGCGGAGCGUCCGCCAGCAGCUGAGCCGGGGCGCCGUCGUCGUCGUCAGUCCGGCUUCGGCGGCAGGAGGAGCGAGCGCGAGAGCGGAGCGCGAGAGAGGAGCGCGAGGAGCUGUGCUGUGCUGUGCCGUGCCGUGCUGUGUGCAUCCGCCCACCCCGCCAGCAGCGGCAGGACCGCCGAGAAGAAGAGCACGGAGAGGAAGAUCUCUGUGAGGAAGGCCCCCGGGCCGUGAAGAGGGACCACCGACAAGAAGAUCUCCGUUCCGCAAGGCAACGCCAGGCUUAUUGAUCAUCAUCAUCAUCAUCAUCAUCAUCAUCAUCAUCAUCGGCCGCGAUGGACGCAGUGAACAGCAGCAGGACCCUCUCGUACAGUCGCUGGAGUUAUGACAGUGUUCUAGAUGAUGACAGCAGUAAUCUUCGCCAACAGAAGCUGGAUAGACAGCGUGCUCUGCUAGAGCAGAAGCAGAAGAAGAAGCGGCAGGAGCCCCUGAUGGUGCAGGCAAACGUGGACAGCCGCUCACGUGCCCGCAGGACUAAGCAGUCCGAGGAGCAGGCGCCUCUUGUGGAGUCUUACCUGAGCAGCAACAGCAGCACCAUUUACCACGUGCAAGAAGCUGAGCAGGAGGAGGCCAAAGUCAUAGUGGACCAACAGGCGCCGCGCUCGGUCAAAAAGGCCAAAGGCGCCUCCUCAACCCCACAGACCGGCAGCGCUAAAAAGGAGAAAAAGGGAAAGAACAAAGGGAUUGACGGCCCGGCUGGCCUCCCAGAUGAGGCGCAGGACCCGAGUGGUCAAAUCCAGAUCCUCACUGUGGGUCAGUCAGCGGCAGAGGAGGGGGACAGUGACACUCUGGGCAGUGGUCCACAGACGACCAAGCAGGACCUCAGAGUAACCAUGCUGAAGAAAGGCAUUUCCAGCAGUAUGAACUUUGAUGAAGAGGAGGAUGAAGAAGAAGAAGACAGUUCCAGCUCCUGCCAGCUUAACAGCAACACGAGACCUGGCUCGGCCACCAGCAAGAAAUCCAGCAAGGAGGCUGCCUCUGCACCAAGUCCACCAGCCAACGAGCCCGCCAUCGACGUGGACGACCUUGAGGAGUUCACAAUGAGGCCGGCGCCCCAGGGAGUAACGGUGAAGUGCAGGAUCACGCGAGACAAGAAGGGCAUGGAUCGGGGCAUGUACCCCACAUACUACCUCCACCUGGAACGAGAAGAUGGCAAGAAGGCGUUCCUUUUGGCUGGUAGAAAGAGGAAGAAGAGCAAAACCUCAAAUUACCUCAUCUCUAUUGACCCAACGGACCUUUCUCGAGGUGGCGAGAGCUUCAUUGGGAAGCUGAGGUCAAACCUGAUGGGAACAAAGUUUACAGUCUAUGACAGCGGACUGAAUCCCAUGAAAACCACAUCCAGCUUGGAGGCUGGCAACCUUCGUCAGGAAUUAGCAGCUAUCUGCUAUGAAACCAAUGUUUUAGGAUUUAAAGGACCCCGAAAAAUGAGUGUCAUUAUUCCUGGAAUGAACAUGGACCAUGAGAGGGUAUCCAUCAGACCCCGAAAUGAUCACGAGUCCCUGCUGGCACGAUGGCAGAGCAAGAACACAGAAAGCGUGAUUGAACUGCACAACAAGACGCCCGUGUGGAACGAUGACACGCAGUCCUAUGUGCUCAACUUCCAUGGCAGGGUCACCCAAGCCUCCGUCAAGAACUUCCAGAUUAUCCAUGACAAUGACCCGGACUACAUCGUGAUGCAGUUUGGCCGUGUAGCGGAGGACGUCUUCACCAUGGACUACAACUACCCCAUGUGCGCCUUGCAAGCCUUCGCCAUAGCCCUCUCGAGCUUCGACAGCAAGCUGGCCUGUGAGUAGAAGGCAGCGACCGUGUUUUCCAUGGACCCGGCGACGGCCGACUCCACACAACAACCAUACCCACACCCCACUCUCCAAGGGGUCCGAGCCUCUGAAAACCACUGCCUGCUUCUAAAGCUGUGGGAAUUUCUCCUGGACGUGCGCAGCUGAUUUGGGGUUCGAAUUGAGGUACAGCGUGUAGCUGAGCUCUCUUUAUCCUGCUCGGCUCCUAUUUCCUGAACUGACCUUUGGGACGCUGGUAAGAACAUCUCAUUGCGCAACCCAGAUAAGCACAAGGAGCAGCUCCCGGCUGCAUCGACAGCUUCUCCAUAUUGACAGUGUGUCAAGUGAAAUUAUGACAGCGAAUGGCUAUGAUUACUAGUAUUUCUAAGUGUGGUGAAUGUUGGUAUUGAUUUACACUUAAAUGGCUUUUACUUUCUUGGAGGGUACAUUACUAGACAACACUAAUCACGAGGACUUUGAUGCUCAUUCAUGGCAAAUAAAUUUCAUACUGUAAAAAUCGUGCUUGCUCUCAACUUAGCUGGGUACAUUUAUUCACUUAGCAGACGCUUUUCUCCAAAGUGACGUACAUCUCAUAGAAAAUACAAUGUGUAACACUACUUGUAGUAAAACUGCACUUACAUGAGAUUUGAUCCCCUGACUAAAGAACACCACCUAGGACUUUCAUGCUACCAUAUCAUACUAUUUCAUCCCUUUGAUAUAUUUGCUGUAUUUAGCCAGACCACCUAUGACCUUUGAGAAUCUGAGAUCGCAGUUGGAAUUUCACUUGACACGGAAUUAUGCGUUUGUUACAUAGAUAUUUGUCCAAUUACAUUUACGUAUUCAUGUAGUGCAUUGUUCCAAGAUGUAUUUGUUUUAUAGCCUGAAGCACUUGACAUUUUUGCAUGGCUACUAAGACACUUCACCAAAAAUGUGAGGCAUAACACCUGUUUUGAAGUUGCAGUGGGAGCAGGAUUUGAUUCAGGAUGAUUGAUUCAUUGUCCCUGCACUUUUGUCAGAUGAAAACACACACUGUGCAAAAGCAGUUUGCCUAAACUGUCCAAAUGCUCAGCAACAGAGUGCUUGGGUCAAGGUAGUUAGCUGUAAAUACUGUGCCUUUGGAGUCAAAGAUCAGUUGCGAUGCUUUAAUUCGGGAUGCGGAAGAGUUUUCUAACUUCGCUGAUCUUCAGUUUGUUCCCUCCCAAAUUCCUGCCUUCGUGUUAUGCUUUUUGUGUUUAUUUCUGAAGAUAUUUGCAUCCAGUGCUGAUGCCCUUCUGCCUCACUGUCAUGCGGUCUACUCGGUGGACUGCGAUCAUUGGCGACCUCACAACUGCGGUGGUCCAGGCAUCAACCAUGAACUACUGUUUACUGUAAACACAACGUUACAUCAGUUUCCUUCAACACUUCACCUGCCAAUUUCAGUCAAUUUCUUGUAACACAGAAUACAGCUUCCACAUCUAACAAGUUCUUCGUCUCUGUAAAUAUUUUCAUUAAACAGUCAUAGGUAUGUAAAUAAGGUUUUGUACACCCUUGUCCGAUGUGCUCUACUGGUUAUGGCAUUGACCUUGCAAUUUCUCCAGGAGAACGGGUUACGCCUUUCACCUCUUCUCGUAUCGUUGGAACGUGAAGCUGCAGCCCCUUUUCAGCCGCGCCCCCCCCUGCCGUUUGCCAUUUUGUUUUGUACGCUAUGUCUUUGAAUCUAGCACUUAAAUGAAAGCAAGUAUGACGCUUCAAAUUGCUGCAUUAGCUACUUUUUCUACUGAAUUCCUUUCGUAUUUUUAUUCUAAGACAUUGAGGAGUUUCUGCCAGGCCACCUCACUGUUAAACGAGAGCAGAAAAGGAAAUUAAAGGAAGUAGCUCUUUUAAAAAGCAAAGAACAAUCCAUAAAAAAAAUCUCUUAGUUAAAAGUCCAGUGAAAUCAAUUCAACUCUUGCACUAAAAUGUGUUGUUUGAGUAUUCAGAUAAUUUUCUGAGUUACGAUGAACUUCAACGAACCUUCGACUGUGCUUUUCAUAUCGGUUUUUCGUGUCCAAAAUUAAGAGGGGAGGGGGAGAAAAAAAAAAA